AUGGCCAACCAAACUCCUGCCGUUGUCAUGGACAACGGUACGGGUUACUCGAAGCUAGGAUUUGCCGGAAAUGAUUCGCCUUCGUUUGUCUUUCCGACUGCUAUCGCGACGAAGAGCGGAGCUGGUGGAGCUGGUUCGGGAUCCGGGAGGCCUGCUGUCGCAAACAAGCCGUCAUUCCUCACCGGAGGCGCUGGGCCAGGCUCACAUCUUUCGGCGAAGCGAGGAACGGAAGAUCUAGAUUUCUUCAUUGGCGAUGAAGCGCUAGCUGCUGCGGCUGGGCCAGGAUACGGCCUCCAUUACCCCAUCCGACAUGGACAAAUCGAGAAUUGGGACCAUAUGGAACGAUUCUGGUCGAACUCAAUCUUUAAGUACCUUCGCGUCGAGCCCGAGGACCACUACUUCCUCCUCACCGAACCGCCUCUAAACCCGCCCGAGAACCGCGAGAACACGGCCGAAAUCAUGUUUGAAUCGUUCAACUGUGCUGGUCUUUACAUCGCUGUGCAAGCAGUACUCGCUCUCGCGGCCUCGUGGACGUCGUCGAAAGUACAGGACCGGUCUCUAACCGGUACGGUGAUUGAUUCCGGAGAGGGUGUCACCCACGUCAUCCCGGUGGCAGAGGGUUAUGUCAUCGGGUCCUCCAUCAAGAGCAUACCAAUCGCCGGUCGAGAUAUCACAUACUUUGUUCAAUCGCUACUAAGAGAUCGCGGAGAGCCCGACAGCAGCCUUAAAACAGCCGAGCGGAUAAAGGAGGAGUUCUGCUACGUGUGCCCCGACAUCGUGAAGGAGUUCGCUCGAUAUGACCGAGAGCCCGACCGCUUCUGCAAAUAUCCCAUCACCUAUCCGAACGGCAAGUCGACGUCGGUCGACGUGGGAUACGAGCGAUUCUUAGCGCCCGAGAUCUUCUUCAAUCCCGAGAUCUACUCCUCCGACUUCCUGACCCCGCUUCCCAACAUCGUGGACACCGUGAUCCAGACCAGUCCGAUCGACGUGCGACGUGGACUGUACAAGAACAUUGUCUUGUCCGGUGGCUCGACGCUCUACAAGGACUUCGGGCGACGACUGCAGCGAGAUAUCAAGCAUCUCGUGGACGCGCGGAUUCGGGCUUCCGAGGCGAAGAGCGGCGGCGCCAAGAGCGGUGGGUUGGAUGUGCAGGUCAUUACUCACAAGCGACAGAGACACGGCCCAUGGUUUGGUGGAAGUCUACUCGGACAGACGCCGGAGUUCCGGAGCUACUGCCACACGAAGCAAGAGUACCAAGAAUACGGCCCAUCAAUCGUGAGAAGAUUUGCACUGCUAGGCGGACCUGGUAGCACGUGAUGCGUUUUCAGGCUAUAGGAUAUCAGAAAUGUUUGGGCAGCGUGCCCGGGGCCUCAGUUAUGAGAUCGAUGAACUAAAAGGGGAGUUCGUCCGUCCGUUAGAAUGCAACUCCCAGAUUUUCUCGCAUGAGGUAUUAGGUCUACUUGUGAAAAUCCCAUAUCAGUACCGCUUCUAACGCUCAAAUGGAUCUAAUAUGGUAGCUUGUUUCGUGACCGUAGGGCAUAGGAUUUGGAUAUCAAGUGAAGUGCUAUUUGGGGUAUGGAAUUGGAAAUCACCAAAAAAUGUAAAAAAAUAAUAGCCCUUUUGGGAAUUGAACUGGUACCUCGAGG